UCCCUCUGCGAGCAGCCGGGGCGCACGGACCGACCGACUAACCGACUCCCUGCAGGGCCGAGCUGCCGAGGGGGCGCGGACACCCGGUGUCCAGGGUCAGCCCAGCCCCUUCCAUCCCGUCGUGCCCCGCCCCGUCCCGUCGGGGCCGAUGGCUCCUUCCGAGGCACGGAGUCCGGGGGGCGCAGGGUAGAGCUCUGCAAGCCCGCUGCGUAGCCCGGGACUCCCCGGGUCCUUACGGAGCCCCGCGGAGUCCCCGCCGUCUGUCCGGCGGGAUUAGGGAGCGAGUGGGAGCGCCCUCCCCCCGCCGCCCCCUCCCCCGAUCGUCGAGACAAGAUGCUGCCCGGGCUCCGGCGCCUGCUGCAAGGUCCAGCCUCAGCCUGCCUACUGCUGACCCUCCUGGCCCUCCCACCCGUGACCCCCAGCUGCCCUAUGCUCUGCACCUGCUACUCCUCUCCACCCACCGUGAGCUGCCAGGCCAACAACUUCUCCUCAGUGCCGCUGUCCUUGCCACCCAGCACACAGCGACUCUUCCUGCAGAACAACCUCAUCCGCUCGCUGCGGCCAGGCACCUUUGGGCCCAACCUGCUCACCCUGUGGCUGUUCUCCAACAACCUCUCCACCAUCCACCCCGGCACCUUCCGCCAUCUGCAGGCCCUAGAGGAACUGGACCUCGGGGACAAUCGGCACCUGCGCUCCCUGGAGCCCGACACCUUCCAGGGCCUGGAGAGGUUGCAGUCACUACACCUGUACCGUUGCCAGCUCAGCAGCCUGCCUGGCAACAUUUUCCGAGGCCUGGUCAGCCUACAGUACCUCUACCUCCAGGAGAACAGCCUGCUUCACCUACAGGAUGACUUGUUCGCGGACCUGGCCAACCUGAGCCACCUCUUCCUCCACGGGAACCGCCUGCGGCUGCUCACGGAACACGUGUUCCGCGGCUUGGGCAGCCUGGACCGGCUGCUGCUGCACGGGAACCGGCUGCAGGGCGUGCACCGCGCGGCCUUCCACGGCCUCAGCCGCCUCACCAUCCUCUACCUGUUCAACAACAGCCUGGCCUCGCUGCCGGGAGAGGCUCUGGCCGACCUGCCGGCGCUCGAGUUCCUACGGCUCAACGCCAACCCCUGGGCGUGCGACUGCCGCGCUCGGCCGCUCUGGGCUUGGUUCCAGCGCGCGCGGGUGUCCAGCUCCGACGUGACCUGCGCCACCCCGCCCGAGCGCCAGGGCCGGGACCUGCGCGCGCUGCGCGACACCGAUUUCCAAGCGUGCCCGCCGCCCACGCCCACGCGGCCGGGCAGCCGCGCCCGCGGCAACAGCUCUUCCAACCACCUGUACGGCGUGGCCGAGGCGGGCGCUCCCCCCGCAGACCCGUCCACGCUCUACCGAGACCUGCCCGCCGAGGACUCGCGGGGGCGCCAGGGCGGGGACGCGCCCACCGAGGACGACUACUGGGGGGGCUACGGCGGCGAGGACCAGCGGGGCGAGCAGACGUGUCCCGGGGCCGCGUGCCAGGCGCCCGCAGACUCGCGUGGCCCCGCGCUCUCGGCCGGGCUGCACACCCCUCUGCUCUGCCUCUUGCUCCUGGCGCCCCAUCACCUCUGACUGCGGUGCUCGGACGGAAGAGGCCACAGCCUUCGCCCCGAUCUCCUUCUCUUCCCCACGGAGCCUCGGCUCCAUCCUUGUCCCUUGUUUGCGACCCGGCCUGGUACCUUCCCUAGGCCUUCUCGCUCUGUUUCUCCCCCCCCCCCCCCCGACCAGGCUGCCUCAUUUGCCUUCUGGGCUGUUCGGACUUAGGUAUGGCCGCCCCUAAGACGGUGUAUAAGGUGGUUCGGCUCCAUUCGCCCAGAUUCUAGCCAGUAACUCUUCUUCCCCCAUCCCAAGGCUGGGGCGUGGCACCCCAGGCAGCCGUUGCUCCUCUCUCCAGGGCCCCACAGUGGACUCGGGGGGCUUUAGUCUGCAGAGCACCUCACCAGCAGAGCCUUUGAAAGCUCCCCCUGGGAGCCUCCCCUCCUCCCCCGGACUUCGGAGGGAGGUCUCAGCGAGGCCCAGGCUGCCCCUGGACCCUGCUUGUCCUGAUCCCUUCAGCCUCCUGACACGGGAGGAAUACUUUUCUCCUAAGUCUACCCAGGACACUUUUUAGGGUGCCUGAAGAGAGUUUCCUCUCCACCCAUGGCCCCUGUAUGGUGAAGAUCAAAAGAAAUUGUUGGGGGAAAAUUUAUUAAAAA